CAUCCACCUAAUUUAAUGUUCUUACCAUGCUACAGGAGCAGCUUUGUCACUUUUACCGCCUUGAAGCAAACAAGUCUUCAGCUGAGAGUUAAAGCGCAUUGUGAACAAAGAUGUUUUCACUAACAUCGAUCUGCUCGUUAAGAAAAACCCUUCUCUGUGGAUUCCUUCUUUUGCUUUUACACAAUGCAGUAGGCUCAAGUUCCACACCUGUUGCAGGCUCAAGUUCCACACCUGUUGCAGGCUCAAGUUCCACACCUGUUGCAGGCUCAAGUUCCACACCUGUUGCAGGCUCAAGUUCCACACCUGUUGCAGGCACAAAUUCAACAACUCCUCCAGCUCAUCGUUGUAUCCAAAAUUCCUGUGGAGAUGGUGCAACCUGUGUUGAAAUCCACCAAGGCUAUUUUUGUGAAUGUAACUACAAUUAUUACUAUGAAGAAACUAACAGAACCUGUGUAAAAGGCCAGAGCUUUGGUGCAGAACUGACCCUGAACAUGGAAUUUGUUCAAGCUAUGACGAACAAAACAUCCAUAGAAUAUAAAGAACUCUUAGACAAUGUAACAUCCUUUUUUAAUGAGUCACUUUUCUCGAUUGGAGGCUACAAAACAACUUUAAUACUUGAAGUUAGGAAAGGCAGUGUCAUCACAGUAGUGUCGAAUACAUUUACUGAAAAUGCUGAUGUGAAUGAAACCAAAAUUGAAAACGCUGUGAAGACUGAUGGUUUUUAUUCAUUUAAAACUAUGGCUGCAUGUGGCUCUAAAAAAUGUGACCAAGAUACCACGAUAAAUUGUUAUCAGCCACUUAAAGGAGGACUUGCUGAGUGUGUUUGCAAGGCUGGAUUUUAUAAACCAAACAGAUAUGAUACAAAAUGCCAAGAUUCAUGCAAUACGCAGUGCCACAGAAUAAAUGAAUACACUGUUCGAGAGGGUGAUAAAUGUAUUUGUAAAUGUCAACCUGGAUACAAACGAAGGAAUAAUGAAUGUGAAAGUUGUCCAUUUGGAUAUGGUGGAAUUGACUGCAUGGAUGGCUUUCAAGUCAGUACUAUAGUGAUUGGUGUUCUAGCUGGAGUUGUCAUAAUAAGUAUGACAAUUGGACUCAUUUAUGCAUGUAUGAGAUUAAAACAUACUAAACAUGAUGAACAUCGGCCACUGGUAAAGGAAACAGAGGGAGAAAACCUAACAACAAUUCCGAGAAUAAAUUUGAGCAGACUGGCAACAAGCGACUAUGAUGAGAAUUCACAUCAGAGAAAGUGGAAUGCUUACGAAAAUCCUUCCAUGGAAACUGAUUAUAACAGGAGAAGGUAUUACUGAGCUGACGGAAACAAGGACACAAUGAUAAAAAUGCAAAACAGUUAGCACCACAACAAAAAGAUAAAUUAAUAUUCUGUGUUUCUGUUCUAACAAAGGAUCAUAUUUGCAAAAUUAAUUUACUAUUUCAAUUUACAAUCCAACAUUCCAGUUCCAAUAUUCUCAGCCUCUGUGUCAGAUUUUCAGCAUUACAAUUCUUUCUGCAAUGUACAAUGACUGAAUAAAGUAGCCUCAGUACUUGACGUUCAAACAAUUUGGCAUAAACAGUUCAUCAAUUUUUUAAAUUCAAUUUUAAUCUUUGUAAUUUUCAAAUAAUAGAUCGUGUGAUGUAAUGGUCAAACUGGUUUAUGAAAUUAUUCUCAUCUUAAAAGUUAUAUUUUGCUUAUAUUCAAUGUGUGAGUUGACCCUGUUUGUAGACCCAGUGUGCCAAACUCACAUUAUUCAUCAAUUUCAAUUUGCCAUUGCACGAAUGUUAUAUUUACCAGUUUCUUACAAUUGGAGAUUAAGAGAUGAGACUAACAAUAUAGGCUAUGUUGUGAAGAUGCUUGGGGCUUUAAAACAUGACCACUGUUGGUGUCAUGUACCAGUGACACCCAAACCAGCAGUUCAUUUUUGUCUUUGGCAUCAAAACCAAAAUUAUUUUCUUGAUGGGAUGGGGUGCAGGGUUGAUCUUGAAUAGCUGACUUAUAUGCCAACAUUGAUGAUUAUUUGUCUUGAAUUAACAGCUACAAAAUAAAAGUAGUAUUACGGAAAAUAUUAACAUGAUAAAUGGGGCAUGGAACCUUUGAGCCAAAUGGUUUUGCUUUGUCAGAACUUCAAUGCUUGUAUGUAAGUUCAACUGAUUUGUAAUAAUCAUUAUUAUUUGGGAAAAUAUGGUUUGUAAUGCUCAACAUUCUCAUGGUGUUUGCCGUUAUGUCCAUAAGUGCAAAAUGUACUGUGAAUGAUUGGUUUAUAAUCUGAAAUGUGUGAAGAAAAGUAAGUAUGUUGAUUAGUUAUUGAAAAUACAGAAAUUGUUUGAAAAUUACAUAGAAUGCACAUGCAUUUGAAAUAAUAA